AUGGGAAUCGAUCAUCCAGCUUUUACUUUGUCAGGACUUUGUGCCGUAGGUGGCCUUAUGGGUUAUUUCCGUAAAGGCUCAGUGCCUUCUUUAAUUGGAGGAUUAGGAGUUGCGACACUUUACGGAGUAUCCGGUUACUUGUUGAACCAAAACGCCAAUUAUGGUAUUGAAUUGGCCUUGGGUACUAGUUCCCUUUUACUUGCUGCUGGGUUGUCGAGAUCUGUCUCAACUGGGUUUAAAAAGCCUGUCCCACUUGUAUUGCUCGCUUUAGGAGGAAUUUCAACUGGAUACUACGCCAAAAGUUAUGCAGACUUUAUGUAA